CUCUAUCAAUCAAUUUCAAUGAACUUUUCUCUAAACCCUAAUCAUUCACCAUUGAAUUUCUAGCUCAAAUUCGACUUGAUAAAUUUCGGAUUCGUCAUAAUAAUCAUCCGCGAGGACUGAAACUGCAUUCUACCGAUGGGAAAAACCAGCGCACGUGGUGAAGCAAAGUCGAGUGCAGAUCGCAAGUUCGAUAAGAAAUUGGAAUUUUACGAGAAGGUCAGAGCAGCAGUUACCAGCAAAGCUAUUAGCAAGGAGCAAAAGCAAAAGAAACGAAGCAGACAAAAGAAACUAAAAGCAUAUGAUCUGACUUCCCUCACAGAGUGCCUCCCUGAGUUAAAAGCUCCCUCAGCAUCAGUACCGGUUGAAUUGAAACUUAAUUGCAAGAGGAGAAAUGACCUAGUGGUUAAAGAGAGUAAUAAGUUGAAGAUGGUUAUCAAUCAUCCGGUUUACCAGUCGGAUCCUUUAGCUGCUAUUUAUCAGCAUUUGCAGACGACACAGCCUGCCCCUGACAAGAAGCCUAAGAAAAAGGAUGGUAAAUCUAGAAAAAGUAAGACGAAAAAGAAGAAGUCUAAAGAUACAGAGUCGAUGGAUAUAUAAAUGCAAGGACUGGAUUUCUUCAUUUUUUGCUAUGGGUACCUUCUCGCACCAGUUUCUCAAACAGUUCUGCAUGCUGCCUGACAUACUUGGAGAUGGGAAGCUGUAACACUGAAUCUAUCAGUAAAUGGUGGUCAUGAACUAUUCGUUUAGAUUUCAUGGUAUGUGCAUAGUUAAGGCAGCCUAUUUUUGUUAGGACUUUGCUGCAGUAUAACUGAAAAAACAGUUAAAAGGAGAUUUUAUGUGCCUGAAUGUAAGAAAUGAAUUGUGAUUUUUUUCUUUGGGGC